AUGGCCAAAGCCAUAGGUGGGAUGGGCUCUGCAAAGAUUGUGUCAGCUGUGUGGUUUGGGCAUGGCAUGGUCAGAAUUGAUGAGCCCCGAAACUUGAUUGCGACCCAUUUGAUCGACGGGUUUUCCAGCCGUACCCCGUACGAUCGGGUUUGUGGAGCCAUAGCUCAGCCAAUUGUGGGCAGCUUGGGAUGGUUGCUGCUGUCAAGCGUCCUGCGGUUGAGCGCAUCGGACACGCUGGAUAUCGACGUCACCCUGUACGUCGAUGGCAACUGCAUCACCGCGUACACCUCGAUGCUGCUGUUGGAUGAUGGUUGCUAUGCGAACAUGUACACCAAUCUCACGAAGGCCUUCAAGCUGAAGAUCGUGGGCUUCACCGGUGUCUCCAGGUAUGAUCUCUACGACUAUACCGACGCCUGUUACUCACAAUUUAGUCCAAAGAGGACCUUGGUCUCAGGGAAAUGCGAGCGAUUCGUGGGCGGUUACUAUGCGUCGCUCAAGAGCCGCUUGAGAUCGACGACCUGUGUGGGCGAGAGCUGCUCGCGGUUAGCGGUCACGACCCAGCGCUUCUUUUCGGAAGCGAAUUGUAUGGGCUUGCCAUACAUGAUCUACACCUAUCCGGUGCAGAACGAAUGUAUGCGCUGGAGCAAUGGCACUCAGGCCUUUCGGGUGGAUCCCACCACGACCAAUGUGACACAGGUGGACUACUUAGCAAACGAUAAGUGCAACGGUGACCAGAUCAGGAGCUAUGUGAUGAGCGUCGGCUACUGCUAUGAGCUCUAUCCUGAUGAAGUCCCUCGCAGUUUCAAAUGGGAUGUGGAAAGAUAUGAUGCCACCACGGUUGGCCAAGCGAGGCGGGAGUUGUGUAUCCAGAUUGAGACAGGUUAUACUGUAUAG